GCCGAAAAAGGAGCUUGAACUGCACAUGGCAACUUGUGAAAACAAAGUUUCUUUAGACAAUAUUGCUGCGGUAAUGAAGUCAAAAGAUACCCAAUCUACCUGGCAGAGUCCUCCUUGUGGAGAAAACUGGGAUAUAGACAAUGCACAAGACAGUAGAGUUACACCCUUUAUCCUAAAUGACUUUGGGAACACCAAACCUUACGAUAAAUCUGAUCUGUCCAGUAGCACUAGUGACAACAAAUUCUACAUUCCUCAGAUCCAGUACGAGUGAUGGUUUCCAAAUGUCAUCUGGAGCUUCAUUUGAAAGCAGCCAUUCAUAAUUUACAACGCCUUCUUGCAAACAAAAUCAAAGGUCUUUACUCCCCAAAAGGGACUUUUGAUAAUAAACCCAUCAACUACUCUGCAGCAGUUAUCUUGUGAUAUAGAGACGAAAGUUGCAUUGAACAA